AUGUCCACUUUGAAAGAAAGAAAAGAAAAUUUUGUCACCGGUUUACAUGGUAGUUCAAUCCAAGAAGUCAAUUUAGUGUCCUCUGUGACAGUCUUCAGUUAUAUAUGUAUAAAAAUUUUGAACAAAGUGUCUCCUGAUAAUCAUAUUAAUCCAUUUGUGGAUUUUUCACUUAAUUGGGUUUGUUUGCUGUUUUCGAUGACUCUAUACUCUAGUAAUAUUAGUUUGUUGAUUACGUUCAUGAUUGUUCCUUGUCUUAUUGUCUGUAUUUUCGGUAAAGCAUACUAUACUUCUACCAAAAAUAGAGUUAACAAACUACCUUCAAAAAAUAUCUCUAAACUCAAUCAAACAACUUUCAGUUUAGUCAAAAAAUCAUAUAUCACAACUUAUAGAUCACACAUGUUGAUUUUGACAUGUCUUGCUAUUUUAGCAGUCGAUUUCCCAAUCUUCCCACGUAGAUUUGCUAAAGUGGAAACAUGGGGCACUUCAUUAAUGGACUUGGGGGUAGGUUCCUUUGUUUUCAGUAACGGGUUGGUCUAUGCUCGUUCCUCUUUGAAAUCAACCAGAAGAAUCUCAUUCCACAAACGUGUAUUUAAUGCACUUAAAUCAUGCCACACUUUAUUGUUUUUAGGCCUUUUAAGAUUAUAUUUCGUUAAAAACUUAGAGUAUCAAGAACAUGUGACAGAAUACGGUGUCCAUUGGAAUUUUUUCAUGACUCUUUCUCUAUUGCCCUUAGUAUUAGUUAUCAUAGACCCAAUUGCUGACUAUAUCCCAAGAUUUUUAAUAGCCUUGGUGAUAUCUGGGAUCUACGAAUGGUUCUUAGUUAAGGAUAAUAUCUUUAUAAACUAUUUGAUUCUAUCUUCUAGAGAAAACAUCAUUGACGCUAACAGAGAAGGUCUUGUGUCCUUUAUUGGCUAUUGCUCAAUUUUUCUUUGGGGUCAAAGCACAGGAUGCUAUUUAUUGGGUAAUAUCCCUACCAAGAAUAAUCUUUAUAAAGCAUCCAUUGUUCCACUAAAUACAAAGGAGACCCGUUCAAUCAGUAGAUGGGAUAGAAUGACCACAGUAAAGCCAUUAAAGGGUUUGAUUUUUUGGUUCUGUAUUACCGCUCUGAUGACAAAAUUCAUUCUUCUAGUGCAUCCACAAGAUAUAUCUAGAAGAUUCGCUAAUUUGCCUUACACCUUGUGGAUUGUAAGUUUCAACACUGGAUAUUUGGCCAUCUAUUGUGCCAUUGAUAAAAUAUUUAACAAUUCAACAGAUAUGAGUCAACCAACAUCGUUAUGUAUAGAAGCUAUGAAUACUAACGGCCUUAUCUUAUUUCUUUUGGCUAACGUUACCACAGGUCUCAUUAACAUGUCUGUUUCCACAUUAGAUAUGUCUGACUUGUUAGCAAUCUCUACUUUGAUCACGUAUGCAGCAUUCAUUGCAUUUGUGGCAGUGUUGCUAUAUAUUAAAAAGAUAUUUAUUCGGCUAUAA